UGUUUGGUUUAAAUGUGGUUUAAAUACAGUGAAGGGUAGUCGUAUAAAUCAAAAACAGAAGGCAAUAGGUGAAAAUUUCGUGUAUUAAAUAUGUUACUAUUAAUUGUUUCACUUAUUGGUGUUUAUAAAUUAUAAACGAAAUGUGUUAUCUUGCAAUUUAAUGCUCUUAAAGUAGUCAAAUCAAUUAUAUAUUUUAUUAUUAUUUCAAACGUUCUACGCCUUCUGUAGAUGUACCUACAUUAGUGUUAACUGAAUUUGAGAACAUUUCUUAAAAUAUAAUAAAUAGUUCGAAAAUGUCUCUUACUAUGACAAAAAAGUUAUGUGAGAGUCAGACAGAAACUGUACAAUUUAUGGCGAUUGAAAAAAUCCAAAAGAAUUGUAAUCAAGAAAAAGAUUGUUGUAGUGGAAGUACAUUACUACGGAGAGGAAAAAAAUUAGAAGACAAUAAUAAUUUGUCAAAAGAAGACAUAGAAUAUAUUAAUUACAGACAACUUCUCAAGUUCGAACAAGCACCAGUGUAUUUGCAGCAUAAUCCAUUUAUCAGAGAUGGCUACCGGAAAUUGCUACCAACAAGACUCUGUUGGGAGAGCAUAUUCUGGUGGACGAACGAAACGAUGAAUAUAUGGACACAUAUAUUCGGUUUCUUUCUGCUGGGGUCGUUGACAAUCAACGAUCUUGCUAUAAUAAACAUACAUGCAACUGUAACAGACAAGACCGUCGCUGCGAUACUCUUCUCAUGUUUUCUAAUAUGCAUGGCGCUAUCGGCUCUGUAUCACACGUUUUCGUGUCGUUCGGAGACGGAUUACAACACGUUCCUCAUGUACGAUCUCUUUGGAAUCGCUCUCUCGCUGUUGGCUAUAUACACGUCGGGCAUUUACUACGCAUUCUGGUGUAAUCAUGGCCUUCAAACCUUCUACAUGCUGUCUGUGACCCUUAUCUUCACGUUGGCGAUGCUGCUACAGGUGCCUCGUUUUGAGGUGCCUUAUACUGUGAAGAUGUGUGUGUUCAUUGGAUGGGCGGCGUAUGGUGUUGUACCUACUAUGCACUGGACUUAUGUUAUGGGCGGCUUUCAUAAUCCUAUGGUUGAGAUGUUCUUCCCCCGUGUUAUUGGAAUGUACGUAAUUAGUGGAACUGCCUUUGCAAUUUAUGCAUUUAAGAUUCCCGAGCGUUGGUACCCAGGUAAGGUAGAUUACAUCGGCCAUUCUCACCAAUGGUGGCAUGUUCUAGUUCUAGGCGCUCUUUACUAUUGGCACAACACAGCCAUGAUGUAUGUACAAUAUCGUAUGAACCACGGCUGCGCUAAUAACAUGAGAAUAUUCUAGAACGUCCUUCAUAUUAUAGAAAAUUCCAAUUACAAAAUCGUCGGGUACGUCCAACAUUCUAAAUUUAAAAAAAAUAUGCUGCGUCAUUCCAGAAGCAUUCAAUAUGACAUUUAAAAUUAGAUUAUUCUGUUUUGUUACCACAUCCUCGGAUUUUUAACAGCUAAGAAAAUUUUGAAUUUAGAAUUACUACGAUGCAACAUUUUAAAAUAUGACAUCAUACUUAUAUUUAGAAUAAUAUUUGUUGCAAAAAUGUUAAACAUUCCAAAUUUAAAGACUUUUUGUAUUGCAUUUUAUAGGAAAAAUGAUUUGAUAUUGCUCUGCGAGAUACUGCUCAAUAAAGGUAGCCAAUAAUAUGUUUUAUACCAAUUAUUAUAUGAACGUUAAUUCUUGUUAAAAAACGAUAUAAAAUCCCAAACCCCAUAGUUUGAUGUUAAAAUAUAAGAAACCAACAGCUCUCGAACCAAACGUACCUUAAAUAAAUUAAGAGAAAUAUUGUUAAAAAAAUGAAAAUCCAAAUAUUUAAUAUUUUGGAUAUUGUCAACUGUCAAGACUUGUUACAAUAUGGCAGCAAAUUUAUGACAGCUAUUUUUAAAAUCAUAAGAAUUAUAUAAAGUGUGAAUUUUGCUCAAGUGUAUUAAUAAUGACAAAAUAUUUUUAUAUAUUGUUAAUUAAAAUUUAAUGUUGAGUUUUAAAUAUUUAGUUAUAAGCAGCUAUUUAUUUGUAUAUUCCAUUUUUAAUUAAUUUCUAAAUCAAUUCCUGUACAAACAUGUUUGAAAAAUUUGUAACAAAAUCUCUAAACAAAUGAUUCGACAAUGUUUGCACUAUAAGAUCUGAUUUUUUACUUCCUAGCAUUUAUAAUUACCACCUGUGAUCACUUUCUUAUUUUUACUUUUAUUUGUUUUAUGGGGCUGAAAUUGGGUUUAAAUAAAAAAUACUUUUUAUACAA